UACGGUACGUAGAGUGCAGCAGCAGCGCUUUCUAACCGGGCUCUCGAGCUUCUGACGAUGCGAAUGCGAUCCACCCAACGAGCAGCGGAAAGCGCGUCCAACAGGCACGAGAGCUGGGCUAGCCGACCGAAGACAGCCGCGCCGCGUGCGUCAGGGGGGCACUUGCUUCAGUCCAUAUUGGUACGUUCGAGCGGGCAGUUCGUAAAGUCGCGUUACUGGACAUUCGCGCGUGGUACAGAGCAGUUAGAGUUGGAGUUUUUACAGGGCUAUUUUUUGUAUGCAGCGUCGUGCUGGCGACGAGGAGGAAGAGAGAGUGCGAGGCUUAGCGUUUUUUUUAUUUGUACGUGUUGAGCACUUUUUACGGCGUGCGUGGACGAUCCGUAUAUUCUUGAAGCAAGUGAAAUCCAGAACGGUACCGUCUGUUUCUGUUCUUUUUUUUUAUGGUUUGAGUAUAACGAGUUCUAGGAGUCAGUAGAGUUCAGGUCGAAGGAUCAUCGGGUUGUGUGGCGUGAGUCUAUACCUAGAUAUAGUAACAACAAGGGAAUUACAACAAAAGAAGUGGUCUGUGCUGUGGCAAAUACAAUGCAAGUGCGAUGAAUCGUUUGAAGCACCCACAGAUGUCCAAGAAUAGCCGCAGCCGCCGCCGGAGAAUAACCUCGUGAUCAAUCCAUUGUGCAGUUCGGGUGCUCCAUGUAUUGGAGGGAAGCUAUUGAUCGAGUCUGUCUGCGCUCGCUCGGUCGAGUGGAUUGGAUUAGUGCACUUUUUCAUCGAUAGGAUUGUGUAUUGGAAACUUGUAUCUUCUGGUGGUAGUUCUACGCUGGUUCUGCAGCAGCCCCCAUAGAAAUAAGCAGUGUGUGCAGUGUGGUGGGCAUUUUGUCGCGGGGAGUUCGAUGCGGUGCGGUUUGUGUACAAGUGUGGAUGCAUGUGAUCUAUAGGAUUGGAGUACAGUGUAGCACAACAAACACAGCAACUGGUUUGUGACCGAGUGUUACCUUUUUUGGAGCCAGAAGCAACAUCAGCAACAAUAACACAAAAACCUACGAUCGUCUCGGUCUCAGCCAGCAGUGCAGUACCAGUGGUUCGCGCGUUUUGUGAAUUAAUGUGCUUCCAUGAGUCAAGGCUCGAAAAUACGCUCACGAGACCGAAAGCGGAUCGACCGCUGAAUUGAAAUAUACAUCGAAUAAUACUGAAUGCCAGUGCACACAACCCGCGCAACAUAAUACAUACAGUUGGUCGUACUCAAUCAGCAAUAACAGCAGAAAAAAAGCAGAGGUGAAGCGAAAAGUUCAAACUUGUUCACGGGAGUUAGUGUGGCGUCUGUCCGUCCGUCCGGGGUUUGAGCCCGUUUCGACGACCUGAGAGGCGCGCGAGUGGCUUUUGCACGGGCAGUUGUAGUGCAGCAGAUACAUGCAGCCAGUAAACAAGUUUUCAGUGGAAAACUGAUGAAUCUGUAGGGUGUCCCCAGCGCUGUUGGUGAAGGGCAGUACCAGUCACAGGCAGAAUCGGCAGCAGACGGCAUUUGUUUAGCUGUUUUACUAGUGGGUUUCGUUCCGGGGCCCCGAGGCCGCAGAUAAACAAGUUGCUGCCGCACCAUACUAAUCCUCUUGUGAAACAGUGUUACCACUUGCUAGGGCAACGCAACGGUUUGAAUAAAAAGAUGUGCUUUAAUCAUUCAAAAUUUGGUGAAAAAGUGUGAGCUUACUCUGUUGUAGUAUAGAAGUGAUUUUUUACGCCGAAAAAAAAAUCAACAAUCAUUGGCAUACAAAGUAGUUGGUGAAAAGAGCUGCCCAACCGAAGUCGGCUUAGAGAGUUAAUAGAUGCACAAACGAGCCCAAAAUAGGAAAGUUCCGGCGUGAUACAAAACGUGAAGAAAAUUAACCGUAAACUCGCGUAAGCGCCAGGUUAGCCGUCACAACGGAAAGCAAGUAGACCCCUUGGUGGAUUGAUCGUCGUUUGAGUGUCUUUAGUGUCAUCGUGGUGAAGAAUCAAGAAUUGGAUAUUCAUUCGGGUGAGACUGUGCGGUAAGGUGCCUCCGACAGCAGCGUGAGGAAGGAAGACAUUGAAGACAGUGUCCCCGGAUGCCGCAGAAUACUCCGUCGUCAAACCGCCAAACCUGUGCUAACUGUACAGUGGCUUUUAUUUAAAUUGCCAGGUGAGAGCCGGUGCGGGAAGCAUUAAAGUGACGGAAAUUGUACGCCAUUAGAGACAUCACCAAGAAAAGUCAGUUUGGAGCACCACAACAACGUCGUCAUGCUGCUGUGAUAUUGUGCCAGGGAGAGAAAUAAAAAAUAACGGCAAAAAUCAAGUCCCCACAUACUACAGAGAACCGAGACCCUCCGGCGGUGCUGACCCCCAGGUGAAAGUUAACUAUCAUUUUCUAUACCAACCAACCUCUGGCAUCAACUGAACCACAAACAACCCCGGAUGGAUUCGUUGAAAACCGGAGGCAAGUAUGCACAACAACCCGGGAAAGCACAUCCUAGGAACUUGGGAACCGAAGCACACCAGCACCUGCACCAGCAUCAGCAGCAGCAGCAGCAGCAGCAUCAAAUGCGGCAAAAGCAGUAAGACGUAAAGCCGAAACCGAAGCGCGACGAUUGUGGAAGCUGAAAUUGGAAGUGUUUUGACCCGUGUGGAAAUUGCUGGAGAUUGGAACAAAGGCACCGAGAAAAAACGGAAAACUCUUCACAAGAAGAAAGGACGCCCCCGUGGGAAAGCUGAGCGCCCCGUUGUUGGUGUGUUGUGAGAUUGUAGGUGUCGUCCGUUUGGUUGGUUUGACGUGGGAGCCCCACAGCGAGGAAUUAUUUUACCGCGAUGCCAACGACCACGGCGAAAAACGAAACGGCGAAUGAACAGCAGCACAGCGAUUGCGAUAAUGAGGAGGAAGAGCCGAAGGAUAUGAAAAAUGCGCAUCUCAUAAUCAACGAGCUGAGGUCCCGCUGUCGAAACCAGUCGGAGCAGAUCAUGUCCUGGAAGAAGGCCUACGCCCUGCAGCAAGAGCAAAACCACCGGCUGCAGAAGGAGAAAGCCGAGCAGCUCAACUACCUAACCAGCCAGUUGCUACUGCUGGAGUCGCGGAUCAUGCGCAAGCAGAAGCAAGUUUCGAACGUUCUGUAUCAGCGUGAGCUGACUAUCUACCGGCAGCAGAAAAUCAUCGAAACCCUCUCUAGUCGACUGAUUGACCACGGUAUCAUCGACGUUGUCCUGGAUCCGGCCAUCAGUUUAGGUGGUACCAGCAACAACAACAGCAAUGACUUCGACUCGCUGAACGACUCGGACUCGGCUGUGGUACUGGAGGAUGUAGACUCGGACUGUAACAGUUCGAUCUACUUUGGCGGAGGUUCGUUAAAGUCCAGAUGCGGGGGAAACAAGAUGAAUAAUGAUGUGACGAUUGUGCGGUCCAUUUCGGAUGCGAUCGAAACGACGAAUUUGAAGUAUAACAAUACGAGGCGGUCGAACUGUUUCCUUAGGCGACCAGAGGUUCUGGAGACUGUCUACAGCGUGGAAGAAGACCCGGAGCCACAGGGUAGUGGUAGUGGUGGGGCUGCUGGCGGAGGGAACAGCGGUGGUGCGAACAAGGCCGACCCGGUAAGCGAACGAAGAGACAAGUUCAAGAACCGAACGGAGAAGUGUGUUUCAUCCGAUCAAUCGGACGACUCCAAGGAUAACCAAAGUACAACUACGACAAAGAUCACCAGUACAACCAUGACGACCGUAAUAAUCACCAACACUAGCUGCGAUGGGGAUGAUACGCCGCCCAAUACUAACGGCUGCAAGGCCGGAGCUGUAACGAACUUCAACCGGGUCAUGUCCAACCACCGAUCGGUGACCAAACCGAAGGACGUCAAAUACAAACGAAUCAACAAGGCCAAAUCGAAAAGCUUGGAGGAACUGCGGGGCCGCCUGAGGCACUGGGUCGAACGGGGAAGCUGCAAUAUGAACCUUAAUCUGGACGGGAGUUUGGCUCAUCUGGAUCCAUGCCAGCUGCAGCUGCAACAGUCGCAGCAAAACCUUGCGCAGAGCUAUGCGUGACCUGAGCCAAAGCCCCACGUUAGGGGUAGCAUUUAAUGAUAUGUUUAUGUUUAGGGCCCAUCUCAUUUUCCUUGCAAUUAGUGAUAUUUUUUCGCGUUAUCGGGUGAUAUGAUGAACCUGUUUGAGAAUCGUGGAUUGAAUUAGAGGAGGCUAGAAAUCCUCCGCACCCUCAGAAAGAGAGGAAAUUGAAAAACUAAUGAAAGCAUUGGUGUCGAAUCCUACUUAAAUUGUUUGAAUUGUACAGUUGCAGUGAUGUUUUAAUAAAACUAUUUAUUCCUUUGUAAUUGUAAAGAAAAACUAAUUACAGCGCUCCAUGGAAGUAAUCAAACAGAAAACAAUCAAACUUUCUAUCUGCUGAUGAUUAUUCGGAGAUACCGACUGAGUCAGACUACCUUAGUGAGUUUCGCAAAAAAAUGAACUUAUCUUGAAGUGCACGAAAAAAAAAUACAAUCGGUAGAUUUUGUGACACAAAGUUAGUAACCAAAAAUAUAUGAAAGAAUGUAGCUUUUGUACUAUGCACGGAAUUCAGAACAUAAAAUUAUACACCACAUGUGAAGAGAAAAUAUUUUCCUACAAAACAAUAUUAAGCAAACAACAAAGCAAACGUUAGUGAAAUGACUGCUUUUUAGAACGCAGCUCAAGUGAUCUUCCUUUCCAAAGUAUGAUUCAAGAUGAAAAAAAGAUAGCGAAAGCAACAAAAAACUCGAUUCAAAUUUAUUUAAAGACUACAUAGGUAAUCAUUAAGGUUGCGUCAGAUAACUGAUAAAAAUGGAACUUUGAAUCGUUCGAUUAGGUUUAAACACGUAAGAAAAAUGCUAACAACAGGAAGUAAAGGAAUUUGUCGCACCAUAACUACUACUACUACUCACCACAGGAAAGAGGCAAUCAAACGGCAAUCAACGUUGAGGCAGAAGAAAGAAAAUGGACACCACGCAAUGUAAAAACCAAAAAAAAAACUGGUGGCGCAGCAGAUCUGUAAAUAAAAUUCAAUUCAGAAGUGUAAUUGAAGAAAACAAAAGUAAGUCCGCGAUCCUCAUUCAAGCCGAGGAAAAUAUUAUGAAAUUGAAACAUUAUAAUGUAGUAGUUUGUAAGGGUAUACAUGCAACGCAAACAGUCGGAGAAUGUGUACGUAUUCAGUAAGAAAAAAGUAUCAUCUACCACCUAACUAGUUAGCACACAAGCAGCAAAAUGGUAACCAUGAAGAUGCACGUGUGCGAGUCUCUGUAAAAUGGAGAGGAAGUUUUGUUCUGCUUACAAUAAACUAUGAAUUUUCUGUGCUCUAUGCAGAAUUACAUA